CAUACCAGCAGGGAGGUUAUAUCUGUGGAUAAAUACUUUCAAUCUUUUCCAGGUGACUCUCCUGUCCCAGUUUCAGGGUUCCUUGGGGAGCAGGUUGUGCUGCCCUGUACCUACAAAGGGAAAGUCCCAGUCUCCGAUUUACUGGUAAUCUGGGGCAUUUCAGAGCGUGAAAUUUUAUGGAAGUUCAUCGAUGGGAACGAUGAUUUGACAGACCAACACCCAAGGUUCAGAAACAGAACAGAUCUGUUCAAAGAUCAACUGGAACAAGGCAACUGGUCAUUUCUGAUCUCUGACCUCAGGGAGUCUGACCAGGAUGAAUACAAGUGUUACAUUUACAAGAGAAUAGCCGUGGGUUAUAAUUUGGAGCAAACUGAUUUUGUCCAUCUCUCAGUAACAGAGCAAGUUCCUACACCUGGACCAAACACACUUGUACCAGGUACUGGACUGUCUCGUGGUGAACUAACAGCAAUUAUUUAUGCCGUCUUUUUUGUGGGUAUUUAUGUUGCUGUCAUAGCCCGAAGCUUAAUAAAACGUAACUGUAUUGAAGACCAGUGUUGCAGGACUCACACUGAAGCACUGAAUGCUGACCCUUUGAGAGAGGUGAUCUGUACAAGUGAAGUACAAAGCAUUGUGACUACAGCACCUGAGCAUCAGGAUGGAGCGGCUGGAGAACAAAACCUUCUGGGGAAUGGGGCUAUCCAGCUCUGAGUUUCCACUGCACUGAGCCUGGCUCAGGGAGAGGGAAAUCAGCCCAGCAUUAUGGGGAUUGAGUGAUUCCUGGUGGAAAGCCUGAACUCAGGAUUAGGAUUAACAAUCACUUCCCACUUUGCACAAAUCCUUCCAAGAUUGCACUGCUCAGGAAGGAAGUUCCAUAUUGAAGUGUUCCAUAUUGCUUUUACUAGAAAAACUGUCCAAAAUAUAAGUAUCUCUAUUAUAUCUCAGUAUUACUGUUAUAGAUUGUCAAACCAGUGUCAGGGCUUAUCUGUAGCUUUGCAGUUCUAACUCUAAUUCCUGACACUGAUCCUAUGAGAAAUAUAAUAAUUUCCUUAUUCUUCUUAAUAAUUAACUUAUUAAGUUGUUCUCAGUCUGAGUGCUGCCAGGGUCCCAUUUGUUGUCCAUCUCAACUUGACCCACUGCAGCCCUUGUACUGAUGGUGCUCCCACAGUGGGGAACGUGGGAAGAGGCUUUGGAAACUGCCUCUGCAGCAGCACCUACUGGGCAAAGCCAGGAGCUACAGCAUUGCCAGCAACUGGAUGGCUUACAAAUUUAACUUUUUAGAUGGCCAAAAACCAUGCAGAAUUAUAUUUUCUAAUCAACCUAUUCAGAGACGUUAUUACAUUCCCCUGGAUCAGGUGGAAUUUUAACCCGGGCCUCCUAACUCAGAGAUAGAGACAAUACGACUGCACCACAACAGCCCCUUCAAUCAUGUCUUGUGUGUUUAACUUGCUUUCCAAGAUGACGUUACUCCAAGCAAUUUUUUUUGCCAAUUGGUGUAUAGAUUGUCCUGUGAAUAUUUUAGAAAUAUAAUGUACAUUUCCAUCUACUACUGUCGUGCUUUGCAAAGUUUUGCUCCAAGCUAUAAUUAAAGGGAAGCUGAUUACUA